ACCUAGCGGGUUGUCGCUGACCCUGGCCCAGCCAGCGGCUAUCGAUAUGAUGUCUGCCUGUAGCACAGAAUCUAUUGGCUUACACGCCUGUACAAGGGGGGUUUUGUACAGGAUGGCCCACUGAGCUAAUAUUGCCGGAGUGCCGGAAUGAGAUCGGGCUUCUUAGCUUUGAUAUUAGUACAAAAUAUCAAAGCUUGGGGGGCGGCAAAUAUACCACCUAAAGAUUUUACAGCACAUCCCCACUCGCAAGCAUCCGCAAACGCCAUUAUGGUCCAGAUCGCAACGCUUCGUGCGGGUCUCACCCAGACAACCCAGGCUACCCGCACCGCCAUGCGAUGCCUUAACUCGGGCCGAGACUCGCAGGAAACCUCUCAAAAAGCACUGACUCUCCUGUCUGACAUCUUGGAUCUUCUCUACCGUAUUCAAAGUCAGAUUAGCUGGGGAGAGGAAAAAUGGCAUGUCGACCCUGCCCGUCUCAAUUCCCUGGCGGAGAUGCUCGGCUGGUUCGACUCCACGGUCAAAUCCAUCGAGCUGUACUUCCAGCCCGGCGGGGUCAAUGUUGCGUACUUCCGCAAACAUCUGCUGGAGAAGACAUUUCUGCCUCGUUUGGAACAGUAUAAGAUCGUCAUGUUGCUCGCGAUGCAGCCGGACUCGGAAUCGCACGUUACUGGAUCAAGAUAUAAGGUAUACACUUAAGAUGGCUCGUGAUAUAGACUGUGGGCCUACAAUUGAUCUCCAAUUUUCAGAAGAUGCCUUGGGACUCACGAGCCAACUAUGCUCAAACCAGUUCAUCACGCUCGCAGACUUAUGCAAUAGGCGGCUGCGCGAAUCAUGCCGCUGGAUCUUCGAUCACGGUCAGUAUAGGCGCUGGCUACUUGGUUCUUUCAAGACGUUGUUUUGCGUCGGUCCAGGUGAGCCUUGCGUGGAAUGAAAUUAAACUUCAAGAUGCCUCGCUGAUACCUGUGGUUAC